AGUCCAUCAUUCCCACAACAAAACAUCUUAUCGAUUUUCUCUUUUCCUCAGCUUAUUUUCUUUUGCUAGCUCAUUGUUAUAUACUUUUGGUAGCGGCUAAUUAUAUAUAGCGAUGGCCAUUUUUGCGAGCAAGAACAAGAAGGCAUUGGUGUCGAUGAUCGCCGUUGUCGCCGCGUUGGGAGUUUUGGCUCCGACGAUGACUUGCGGAAAACAAUACGUGGUGGGAGAUGGAGAGGGUUGGACCAAGGGCUUCGAUUACUCCGCUUGGACCGCCGGCAAGCAGUUCUUCGUUGGCGACUCCCUGGUGUUCAACUACCAGCAAGGGAGCCACAACGUGUUCAAAGUGAACGGGACAGAAUUCAAGCAGUGCUUAAAGCCACUUGUUGGUGCUCCAUUUACCACAGGGAACGACGAGAUUGAACUCGAAACUGCCGGGAGGAAAUGGUACAUCUGCGGCGUCUCCGGCCACUGCAGCGCCGGUCAGAAGCUAUUCAUCAAUGUCCUCGAAGGAUCUGCCGCUCCGGCACCGACACCAGUCUCGCCAUAAACCGGCGCCGUCUCUCGGAGCAAUAUCAUCAAUGCUGGGUUUGCUUGCUGCUGCCGUACGUGUUCUGAAUAUUUGAUUUGUGUUUUAGGAAGUAAUUCUAAUAACAUAAGAAUAGAAUU